ACCCAUCGUCCCCUAACUGCCACAGGGAAGACGAAUUGAUAUCUGGCUUUCUAGCUUCAUCAGCCACUAUCCACUUCUUCUUCUUCUUCUUCUACAUUAUUCAUUAUUUCAUAACAAGAUUUCAUUUCAUCCAAAUAUAUGGAACGGCCAACAGUAUUGUUUUCAUUUCUUCUAACGCUUCACUUAUCUGUAUCAGGGGUUUUUUCAACGACAUUCACCAUAGUUAACAAAUGCGGCUACACAGUAUGGCCGGGCAUCCUUUCAAACGCCGGCGUCACUCCUCUUUCUUCCACCGGUUUUGUUCUUCAGACCGGCGAGUCUAAGACCAUCUCCGCACCCACUUCUUGGGGUGGCCGCUUCUGGGGCCGAACUCAGUGCUCCCAGGAUUCCACCGGCAUGUUUACGUGCGUCACCGGUGACUGUGGCUCUGGCAAGAUGGAAUGCGGAGGGAAAGGAGCCUCCCCGCCGGCGACGUUGGCGGAAUUCACUUUAGACGGAGCCGGAGGGCUUGAUUUCUUCGAUGUAAGCUUGGUAGACGGAUAUAACGUGCCUAUGAUGGUGGUUCCUCAAGGUGGUUCCGGUGACAACUGCACGAGCACGGGCUGUGUGUCGGAUCUGAACGGCGCGUGUCCCUCAGAGCUAAAGGUGAUGAGCGAUGACGGGAGGGAAGGGGUGGCAUGCAAGAGCGCGUGCGAGGCGUUUGGGUCGCCGCGGUACUGUUGCAGCGGCGCGUAUGGAUCUCCGAACACCUGCAAGCCAUCGUCAUACUCGCAAAUAUUCAAGAACGCGUGCCCACGCGCCUACAGCUACGCUUACGACGACAAGACAAGCACGUUCACAUGUGCGUCUGCCGAUUAUACCAUCACCUUCUGUCCAUCCCCAAACACCAGUCAGAAAGCAUCACAAGGACAGAGCACAAACAGCCCAUCUUUUCCGGCGGCUCCGAGCUCGCCGACACAGGACAUAGACGGCCCCAGCAUGGUGUACGUGGGUGCUGCUGCUUUCGAUCAAAGCGAGAUAUCGGCCUCCACGUGCAUCCACGUGUUCGAAUCCCUAUUCCUCGCCGGCAUCAUCAUCGUAUCAGUGGCUAUCCGGGGAUUCUGAUACUAAUAUAAUCAAACGAUUGAUUAGCCAAUACAUGUACAUCAGUAGAAAGAAACCGGCAGUGUGAACCAGGACCUCCCCAUGUCGGCUCCUACUCCAUCUUUUCUUUUCUUUAAAAUGUUCUGCCCGGUCCGGCCCAUCACUGCACAUCCAUUAUCUGUGUCAGUUCGGCGGCAUGGGCCUUUAGAGCUUUAUGGGGGCCCACGCUGAUGACAUUAACUUGUCAAUUUGGACACGCGACACAUGACCUUCUUUUGUCGUUGAAUCCCAAAAGCAAUUCACGUUCAGUGUCGGAGGUGAGCGAAAGUGAGGGGUGAGGGAGAGAACAGAAAGGGGUAUUUAUUAUUAAUUUGUUUGCUUUAGAUAUAAUAAAAAUUGUAGUCCUCAAAUUUAUUUUAAUUAAUUUUUAAAAUUUAA